CUGUAUUAGCUGUUUUUUUAAAACUGUUGUCGGUGACGGGGGAGGAGAUGUGGAUCUGGUCACAGAUUUACUUAGAAAGACUUUUUCAAAGCGGAAUUUAAAGUUAAAGCUUUACAUUGUAAGGUGUUUGUGAUCCUGAAACAGGAGGAACCAAUCAAUAGUCAAACAGUGGAUCAGUGCUGUUAUCUGCUGCUCCUCCCUCUGCUGCCUUCAGCUGGAUCUGGUUUCACUGCCUCCAACAGUCUUUGUUCAGCUGAAUGUGAGGAUGUUUGUUACCUGCUGAGAGCAGCCGAGAGUGAUUCACCUGCAGACUUCUGGUCACUUUAAAGCCUCUCUGUGUUUUCUGUUGGUGAGAAUCCCGGCGGCCUGUGAUUGGUCGGAUGUCAGGACUGGUCAGUGGAUAUCUGCAGGGUUUCCAGACUGUGGGUUAGUGGGCUGCCGACAGCAAACAGUCCACAGGGUUAAACACCUCCGAGGUCCACGUGCACGAUGCCUCGUGAUGUUGUCCUGCUGCUGCUGCUGGUUGUGUUGGGGGCGUCCAGCGGCUGCCUGCAGGACCCCACGCCGGCCUACGGACUGACCGGGGCUGUGUGUCGCCUCACCUACCCCGCUGCUGUCGUCUUGAACGAGAAAACCACUAAAGUGAUCGAGGCAGCGUUCCAACAUGCUCGAUACCCGAGUAUGAAGGGAGAGAAAUCCCUGCUGUUCAUCGGUAGAGUCCUGUACGGCCUCGACAAUUUGGAGAUUCACAACCUGUCCAUCGGUCGGAGUGCGUUUGAGCUGCGUCCAGGUGAAGGCAUCGCCAUGGAGAUCAGUAACGUUUCUGCAGUGUUCAGAGGAACCAUCCAGUAUGGAUACGGCAGCUGGCUAGUCAAUGUUGGACAUUCCCUGGACUUUGAGAUCGAGUCUCAGAUUGAUCUGGGAAUCAACCCCAAACUAUACUGUGGUGAAGGUAAAGUCGCGGCCGAUACAUCCGACUGUUACCUGAACUUCCACAAGCUCCGCCUUCACCUGGAGGGAGACAAAGAACCGAACUGGUUAAAGAAGCUCUUCACCGACUUCAUCACCUUCACCGUGAAGCUGGUCGUUAAAGGACAGAUCUGUAAGGAGAUCAACAAGGUGGCCAACAUCCUGGCCGACUUCAUCCAGGAGCAGGCAGAGCAGUUCCUGAGUGACGGAAACAUCAGCGUGGAUAUCGGAGUGACGACGGCUCCAGUUAUUACUGCAAACUACAUCGAAUCAUAUCACAAGGGUUUGACCAACUACAACAACACGACUGCUGUGAUCAGAGACUCUGGUUUCCAUCCCAGUCAGCUGACCGAACAGAGGAUGCUCUACUUCUGGGUCUCAGACCAGGUGUUCAACCCGAUGCUCUCUGCUGCUCACCUGGACGGACGCUUCCAGCUGAAUGUCUCUGGAGACGAACUCUCUAACCUGCUCCAGACUCACCUGUCCAGCAGCUCACCUGAGCUCAUCACACAGUGUCUGAAGGAUCCGUCGUCCUCUCGGUUCUCCGUCUGGAGUUCUUCUGUUCCUCGUCUCAACACGUCCAGCUCCGGUUCCUCCGUCUGGACUCAGGCCUCAGCAGAACUUCACUGUGGAACCGGAGGAACGCCGACGCUCUCCUUCCAGACGGAUGUGAUUCUAGAUGUCUCGGUUUCUUAUUCGGAGAAGAAACUCUUCAUGCAGGGAGACGUCAAAAAAGUGUCUCUGAUCAGAGCCGAGCUGCCGCUGCAGGAUGAGAAGCUCCAGGAGUUUAUCAGAGAAGCUGUGCAGAAAGUCGGAGUUCCUGAAGUCCUGUCUGUUCUGGAGGUGGAACUCACUCGACUUCUGGACAAACAGGGAACGAACUUAUUCACCAUCUUCAACCCUGAGGUUCUACCUGGAGACGGCUUCACGGUGAUUCAGAUGGACUUUGGGUUUCCUCACCACCUGCUGGUGGAGUUUCUGAAGAAAACUCUGCAGUCAAACUGAGCAGCUGCAGAACUUCAGGACCGGACUUCAAACGUUUGAUUUGGUUCCAUAGAAGGUUCCUCAGAGGUUCUGCAGCUCCACGUCACGUUUAAACACAUCGACUACGACACAAUUAAAAUCCGACCGAUGGACGACACCUGCUCACACCUGUCAGUGGGCGGAGCUUCCUGCAGCAGGUCAGUGGAGGUAGUGUGAUGUUCUGAUGACGUUUGGUGAUGUUCUGAUGAUGUUCUGACGGAAACCUCUGGACGUUACCGUGACCUUCACCAGAUCUCAGACGGAACAUCUGGAGGACGUUCUGGAGAAACCAUCCAUGGAAGCUCCUCAGAAGGAAACAGGAACGGGGAAAAAAAAACAACCACCAGGAGACACAAAACGACCAGAAAUUAAACGCUGAACAACUUUAGAGGAAAAAAAAAACACCGAAAAGAGAAGGAAGGUGACCACAAAUAGACAAGAAACAACAACAGAGAUACAAAGAGGCAAAACACUAAAAUGAAAACAUAAGAAAAGACCAGAAAGACACAAAACACUCACUGUCAUAAGAUCCUAGAGGUAUGAGAUCCCUGAGUCAGCUAUAGGUGCAGGCUUCUGGCAGAAUAACGGAUAAAUGAGGGGACACAGUAUGAUAUUAUAACCUGUGAUUUAUGAUUGAUUCAUGCUGUAACAUAAUAAAUGUGUUUAACCAAG